GAAAUCCAACGUGUCGCCAAUAUUCUGCCGAUCAAUCUUCUGCGUACGGUCAGCGAGGAUGUGACGAUUGACGGCUACCAUUUCCCUCGAAAAACCCUUGUAAUCCCCCAGAUCUCUAUUCUCAUGAAUGAUGAACGUGUAUUUCCCGAGCCGAAAACGUUCCGACCGGAACGAUUUCUCACCGACGACGGCAAGCUGCGUCGAAUCGACGAAUUCUUGCCGUUUUCUGUCGGAAAACGUCAAUGUCUCGGCGAAUCGUUGGCCAGGGCGGAAUUGUUUCUGAUCUUCAGCAAUCUGUUGAAGCGAUUCGAUUUUCGACCGCCUGAAACGAACGGCACCAGCGGUGCGCCGUUGUCAACACAGCGUAUUCUCGGUUUGACCGUAUCACCUCCUAAGUACGACUGUGUUGUGCAAUUACGGAAACGUGACGAGAAUCACAAUUUAGUUUGA